CGAGAAGACGUCGGAGGCAGCAUUGCGUAAUGUUCGAGAGCAACCACUGUGUGAGCACAAGCAUUCGGCUUUUGCUGGUGUUUGCGAUUUUCGCACGAGGCUUCUGUGCUACGUUCAGGGGACGUGUGGACAUUGUCGACGGAAAAUGCAAUGUGACCGCCUGCGCCGGUGGUCCGACACUGUUGGAAGAUGGCGAGACGUGCGCGCUGAGGGAAUGCGGAGAAAUUUCAUGCCAUGUGAAGGAGGAGAUAUUCAGCGGAGUGUCAUGUUGGGCUAUCGAGUGUAAUGAUGGAUGCAAGCCUAUUGCGAAGGAUCCCGGAGGUCACUACCCCGACUGCUGUCUCUCGGAUUGUGAUUGCUGGGAUCCCAUCCUCAACCCAAUCCCGAGCUAUGUCCUGAGAUAUCCUGGGCGGAGUCCCGGCAAGCUCCGCCUGUCGAAUCGAUCCUUUGCUCCUGAGGCAGGCCAGCUGGAAGCGACGAAUAUAUCCGAGGCACUGGGUUGCAUUUGA